AUGUCUCCAUCUAGUGAAACAAUCAAAAAAUUUGAAGCUAGUUUGCAAAUAAUAAAAAAUCAAUUUUGUAAAUUACAAUGGGAUCUAGACUUAAAAGAGAAUUAUAUUAAAUAUCUUGAAAAUAAUAUUUUGAUUCGAGAUAAAGAACUGAAUUCAUUACAACAGAAAAUUUCUGAUAUUAAAGAAUACUCAAUCACAACAGCACCUAUAUUAAAUAAUAUUGUAGAUUAUCUUAAUAAAAUUUUUGAUGCAGAUGAAAGAUUAGAAAAGUUGGUAUUAGAAAUAUACCUACAGGCAAAUGCUUGUAAAUAUAAUGAAAAUAUUGAUAUUUUUAUUAGUCAAUUAUCAUCAUAUUUAGCUGGCACUGAACUUCACAAUAUUUUUGCAAAUUAUGACCAAGCUGAUAUAAAUGCUCUUUGGAGAUGCACUAUGGCACAAAUGAAUACUAGUAAUAGCUUUAGAAAUCCUUCAAUUGCCUAUGACUAUGCAAAUACUGUUGAUAAUAAUGCAGUAACUAUAGGUGUUUCCAUGAUUCCAGCUAAAGCUUUUACUAAAGAUUGGCACUUAGCUAGAGGAUAUCUAUCAGAUAGACCUGCCAAUGCUGUUAAUGCAGAUAAUGCUAAUUCUAUAGUAUUUGGUGACAUUCAGAUUGGUCAAGCAAUAUAUUAA